CGGGACAUCAAACUCUGUGAGGGGGAUGAUUCGUGGCAUCCCAUCAACAAUUCGCACUCUAGCAACCGGUUAAUUCGGGAAUUGGCCAGAUUCGAACUGUAGCCGUAAUCCCCGCAUCAAAAUAAUGACGCUGCUUCAUAAUUGAAUUGGCUUUCUUGUUCCCGCCAUUCACAAAUUGUGACGUGUGGAGUUUAAAGGUUACUGUUCUUCGUAAACAAGGUGUUUGUGAAGGUCAAAGUAAUAUUACAAGUCAUAUUUUGCGAUAGGUGCCUGAUUGAUCGCAUCCGACACUGAGCCAAUAUCAUAAACGGAAAGUAGUUUCACUAUAAUUCGAAUUUAAAUGAUAUAGAACGACGUUUCGAGACAAGUGUUUGUUUUCGUUGUCAUCGACGGGCUCCAAAUUCAGAAACGUCAACUAUUUGUGUUCGUUUUAUAGUAAUAACAAUUCCAUAAACAGUCAAAAUGACCCUUAGGUUCUAUUACGAUCUUCUUUCACAGCCAUCGAGAGCACUGUAUAUAUUUUUGAAAAUGAAUAAAAUUCCUUUUGAAGAUUGUAAGGUGAAUUUAAGUCAAGGGGAACACAUGACAGACGAAUAUGCCAGAAUAAAUCCAUUUCAGAAAGUACCUGCUAUUAUCGAUGGCAAUUUUCAACUUACUGAAAGCGUGGCAAUAUUACGUUACCUGAGUAGGGAAAAAUCGGUGCCUGAUUUCUGGUAUCCAAAAGAAAGCAAAGCACAAGCAAAAGUAGAUGAAUACCUGGAAUGGCAACAUAUAAACACAAGAUUAUCAUGUGCAAUGUAUUUUCAGACAAAGCCUCCAAAAGAAGAAAGAGUAGCAUUUUUUAAAAAACAGAUGAUUGAUACUCUGGACAAUGUGGAAAACAUUUGGUUGAAAGACAAGUUGUACCUGACUGGGGAAAAGAUCAGUGUAGCAGACCUGCUAGGUACCUGUGAAAUAGAGCAAACAAGAAUGGCAGGAUAUGACCCAUGUGAAGGGCGUCCUGCUCUUCGUGCUUGGAUGGAGAGAGUUAAAAAAGAAGCUCAUCCUUUUUAUGAAGAAGCUCAUUCUAGGCUCUACAGAAUUGCACAGAAGCACAAAGGAGAACCACCCGUUUCUCUUUCGAAAUUGUGAACGAAGAAAAUAAAUACAUUAGGCAACUUAAUAAGACUUUUAUAUUAGCCAGGCAGGUUGUUAGGGUGGAAUUAUUGUUAUUUUUACAUAUAUUUUUUUAAUAAAUAUAUUCUGUACAGAUUUUGCUGUUAAUGGCAACAGUGAGAAAAUUGCUCUAAAAAAUACAUUAAAGUACUAUUUUUUAUUCUUAUGUACGUUUAUGAUUCUACAUUGAAAAUACUCCAGAUAUUUUCCCACAUGUGCCACAUACUACUAUAUUGAUAUAGUAACUACUGUUGCCACGAUUUGGCCCAAACUGGCAAAAUUGGUAUUGCAAUGAAUCUUUCAGUAAUUUUUCUGUUGUGGCUGUAUUCAAUGAUCAAAUAUGAUUUUCUCUGAAUAAAAAGUUCAGAUGCACACAGACUGAACAAAGGAGAAGGAACACUUUUAAUCAUGGAAAAGUUAGUAAAUUUAUUAGAGAAAGGACAUUCAAGAUUCAAACACACUAUUGCUUCUUAAUUUUUGUUUGCAACAUUAAAUAUAUGAAAAACAACUUAUGAAAAGUAAUGAUGUUGUGGAAGACAUUGGAAAGUACAAAAGACACUGAUAAAGUACUUGUGCAAACAAAUUACUUUAACUUAUUAUUAGGAAACACUGAAGCUAUACUCCUUUUUUUUUUCUUCUAAAUUUAAAAUACUACAAAUAAUAAACAAGUUAAUGUGUUCAAGAAUGGAAUCCUGUGUUAGACAAUGAAAGAGUUAUUUUAUGUUUAAUAAUCUUAAUGGUCGUGAUGUUGGCCUGUUUUACUAAUAGUGUGACCUAUUUGACUUCAAGCUCUCUAUUAAAUGCUAUUGAAAUGUCAAUUUCUAUCUGUUCCCAACGACAGACAGACAGACAUACACACAACUUAUGCCUAUAGGAAGCAAUUGAGAGUGUUUGAAUCCUAACAAGUUGAAUUUCCUUGUAUCUACAUGUCCUAAUAAGUUGAAUAAUCUUGUUUAUAAAAAUAUUGCAUAAUGGUCUGAAGCAAAUGAUGUGCCUUCAAUUGGCGAUAGUUCAAGCUUAAAGUACGUUAACAAGAUAUUAUUAAAUCAAUACAGCAUGAGCAAAUACUACAAGUUAUGUAUUUGCAAUCAAAAUUUCAAAUUUUUAAAUGAAUUUAUUAUUCUAUAUUAAAAAAUUGGUCAAUGGUCAGCUAAUCAGAUGCUAGUUUAGACUAGGUAAUUUUUGCCUACAGAUGUGCUGAAAGUGGUGUGCAAUAUUUCUAUGUACUGGUUACUGGUACCUGAGAUUUGAUUAGUGAAGUGGCAUGAAAGAAGAAGUGAAAGUUAAAUCUUGAUUACACACUCAUGGAAUCCUGUAACCAUCCAAAUAUUCAAGAUGGAUGAAUCUUGGGAGCAAAUUUUUUAACCCAAACUAUUCAAAAUUAAUGUCGAGGCAAUGAAGAAAUCACUAUUAUUGGAGGUCAGGGUCAAAGAACGGUUGUUGGCUGCCCCUUUCAUUAUAAUUUUAGAAAUAUAUGGCACCCAAUUCUCUACAAAUAAGCUCCAAUUAGUACUCAAAAAAUUGUCAUUAAUCACAAAAAGUCGCUUAUGACGCUGCAAAUGAGAGUCAUAUUAGGAAAUAUGCUUGUUUAAAAAGCAUGGUCUACUUUAAAUUGUCAAUCACUGCUAAAUAAUUUUAUCCUGUAAGAAUAUCUCUCACCCUCUGGUAAAAUAAGACACAAUGAUUUUCUUAAAUCUUCUAUUCCUUUUUUAAUACUUAAAGAAAAAUAACAGUCCAUAUUAAUCAAAAUUUUAAUUACGGUGCACACCUUAUAUUUCAUUCUAUCAUUAUUCACUGAAGUACUUUAUGCUUGUCACAGCUAUGGUUAUUAUUUCAUGAAUUCCCUAUAAAGAUUGCUGUUUUAUUACUUUAAUUUGUUGCAGGAAUGAAGAUGAGAUAAAAUUUUUAAAACUACUUUAAGUUGAAUGGCUGCUCUACAUUGGAAUUACACCUGUUUUUCAAUGACUACCUUAUUUGUAUACACCAGAUUUUAUAAAAGUUUCAUAUUCACUUUCCGUCAUAAGCCUAUUUAAUUCAUCUGGCUUGGUUAAUUCUACUUUAAACAGCCAGCCUUUAUCAUAACAACUGCUGUUAAUAAGUCUGGGUGUAUGUUCCACAGAAGCAUUUUUGUCGAUCACUUUUCCAGAAACAGGGCAGAAUAUUUCACUUGCAGCUUUCACACUUUCAAGAGCUCCGCACGUAACUUCUUUUUCCAAGACCGUUCCCACAUCUGGAAGCUGAGCAAAAUCAAUUUCGCCUAAUGAUUUCUGGGCAUGAUGCGAUAUACCCACAGUUCCAAUGUUCUCAUUAACUGAUAUCCAUUCGUGUUUAUCGGUGAACCGACGACUGCCAGACAAACAAUUAAUAGAUAUUGAAAUGUAACGGAUUACAUUUCCUUGCCAUCUCGCAACAAAACAGCGAGAAAUUCUUACUACUGAAGAAUAAUGCAAUCCUCGCAGAGAUCUCAUUGCUCAGCGAAAUAUUCAAAUCGCAUUCAGUGAUUCAACUGACGGAGUAUACGUCAUGCCCAAGCCCUGUAAAACAUUUUGAACUUAUCCUGUUUUUAGAUACUGUCAAAACCAGUGAGCUGGGUACAAAUUGAAACACGUUCUCCGCUGAGUAGGCCGUGCCUUCGGCCGCCAUAUUGCGGCUGGGCAAGACGAGGAUGUUAGAAAUAUUUUAAAGGCAAGACACAAGCAUAGUACACACGUCUACUAUGAAGAUCAGUACGCUUACCGCAAGAACUUUAUCACUUUCUG